GUUGUUGAUGCGCUUAGGAUUAUCCUGAAACCGGAUUUAGGGUACGAUACCAUCUUUUGCCUUUUAGUUGGCUUCAUAUUUGCAACACAUUCUGUGCAAACAUUCGCGAUUAGAAAGCUUACGGUUCUAUGUUUCGUAAAUGAAAAAACCAGGAAUUGUGUUAAUUAACGAUAAUAUACCCUGAAUUAAAUUUACGAUAUUUGUACGCUUAAGCAGAUUUUUGUUAGCACGUUUAGCUAAUUUGCAAAAUGAAGGAAAUUAAUAAUUCAGAUACUUUAAGGUAGAUUUGUCAUAAAGUAACUCGUUUUUGUUCCUUGAAGAAGCCUCUCACGCAUAUUUUUACUUUUUCUCUGCCGAUAAUAACGCGAACUUUGUAUUCCAUUUAUAUUCCAACGUGCUAAACAUACAAUUUAUGAGCAUAAACGCGUUUAUGCGCGUCCUUUGAUGGUGACACUGAAAAAUCGUGAUCGGUCUCGGGUCGAAGGAGAAAGAACGGAAAGUUUUCAUAUGUAAAUUGCUCUUCUAUCCUUGAAUCGUAAACGAAGGGCAACAAGAAUCGUUGUCCUAUGCCGGAGCGUGUAGCAGAUUUUUCUCAAGAAAGCAUGGAUUUCUAAUGGAACGAGAUUAUUCACGUACUGAGAAAAUCAAAUAAACCAGGAAAAAAGUUAAGUGAGGAAAGGAAAAAAGAAAGAGCACACGAUUGUGUAACGACUGUAUCGAACGGAAUGUAACACUUUCAAAAUCGCUAUCUUUACCUGAUUACAUCAACUCAUUGAAUAACACCGUCUUUCGGAAGAAAUUAGGUUCUUCCUGCCUGGACUGGAAUCUUUCACCGUGAAACGUAUUAAUUCGCAACUUGAACAUGAAACCUGCUCGAUAAUGAAGCGUCUGAAUUUUUUAUAAUCAAUUGAAACGAUAGCAGUGGACAUCAAUUACGUUCAGGAAGCUAUAUAAUUCUUUGCGAUCCACGUUGGCUUCUUUCAACCAUUCUAUUUAAAAGAGUCAAGUGACUCUGAGCCAUCGAUGCUGCCUACAACGGAUAUUAAGCAGUUCAUGUUUUGCAGAGUGAUUAGAUUGUGAUUAAUAUAAAAAUCGAACGACAUCGAUACACGUAAUUACAAACUAAUUCUACGCAUUAUUCGAUUGACGUCAUUUGAAGGAUGUGAGAGGACCUUGAUCAGUGCGCAAAGUCGCGCACUAUUUGCGGAUGACGUUGUAUUGUUUAAACAUUGUUGAACGAACGACUAUUGUUCACUUGAUAAAAUUCAAUUCUGAUGGCUGAAUUAUUCAAGUGGACAUAUUUAAGAGAAAUCACGGAGGAAUGGAAGUUUGUAUGUUUUUAAUCGUUGAGGAAAUUGUAAAGUUCAAAGGCUCUGCCUAAAAUAUACCAUUUUUCAAUACGUUCGUCUCGAAGAGAAGACGAUGUCCUGGCGUCGUGUUAAUGCAUUAUUCACGACUCUUCAAUCACUGUCAAAUCGAAUGUCAUUCAUGGGCCUUUUUUGCUUUGUAAUGCGUCGUUUCGAUGACGUUUUAUACUACUUUUUACAUCACCUUAACGAAUACCCUUCGAAUUUUCAAUCAAUCUUGUAGCCGCAUGCUUUUGAAAAUUCUGUUCAAAAAUCUUGUUUCCAUUUUAGAUACAAUUGAAAUCAAUUGAGUGUUUUAAAUGAAAUGAAAAGGACCGCGUCAGAAAAACAAAGUAGCCUUUAGUUACUUUGUUAUUAAAAAUAUCUUGGUCUUGACGAUUUCCUCGGCUAUUGACACUGAACAAACCAGCCAGACAUUACAGGAUACACGUUACUUCAUAGUAUUUACAUUCUGACGUGCCAAUGUUUGCGAGCAAAGAAAGGGACGUGUUACGGAAUAGCUGGCAUCAUUUAAAAACCUCGUUCGUUUUUGUCUGAACAUUUUAUUAUGCAUAAUUUUAUGUUACACUUGCUGCACGAGGAAGAAUUUUUAAAGUAAUUAUAUAUACUUCGCGGGUAAAUUAAAAAUGAGAAACAAUUCCAUCUGUUGGAACGCGCACAAAGCUGCUCCUGGUAGCCAGAAAUCAUGAAAGUAGAGGAGGUAUCUGGUUAAACCAUGCGAUAAGGACGGUUAUCAAGGAAUUUUAUCAGCAUAAAAUGUUUUAAAAAUUUUAAUAGUUUCUAUUUUUUUAAGUAUAUUGAUUUGUAGUAUCCAUAUGUGUGUAUAUUUGAUCCUGAAAGAUGGCGCUUAUAGAAUUUCUUAAAUUGCUGAACCUUUCUUUUUGAACCCGGUUGUCCAAUGGCAAGUAUAGUACAUUUAAUUGUAAACUACGUUUCAUAUUUUUUUACAGAUGGGGAAGAUUCUUUAACCAAGUUGAACACUCAGCUGAAUAGAUCUAUGGUACUAAUGGAUACAACAGAGAAUGAAGUACCCCAACCAAAAAGUAAUAGAUCUAUAAAAAUUAAUACGAAGAUUAAUCCAGCUAAAUCUCCCAAAGUUUCUUCAGCAUCCAGGAAAAGUAUCUUGAAAAAGACUGAAAGGAAAAGUUCUAUUGAAAUGGUACAAAAUGUAGAAAGUAACACAUUAAAUGGUUCUGAUCAUAGUAGAAUGUCAAUGGACACAACAGAAACACCUCCAAGACCACAUAAUAUCGAUGAGCUAGUCAAGGAAGAAGAUUUAAUUGUGGAAAGUACAGAUUCUACAUUUACCUUGGAUGACAUAUCUGACAGUGAGGACAUGUGGAUAAUGGAUAUUCCUCGAACAAUAGAUCCAAGGGAAUUGAAAAAUCAAACAUUGGUAUUUGGAGAGAAAUCAAAAUUCAAAAUUAGAGAAGAGCGAUAUUGUGCAGUGAAUAAUGAUGUUAAACACAGUAUAACUUGUGUAUUUAAUACUGACAAAGUAAAAUCACGAUACAAAACUGUUAAUAUAAAACCAGCAGGUGCAAUUACCAUUAGAAGGAAACUUUCAAGUGUUUCAAAAGUUAAACCAAUGCAGAUAGAAAACUGUAGUGUACCAUUUCCUAAGAAUUUGAAAACGCGACAUCCAUUGUUUGGUGUCAGUUUUGAAGGUAAAGUUACAAAAGGUGUAAUAAAAUAACUUAACUACAAGAAACCCAAUAAUGGAAAAGAAUAUUAUAUAUUAUAUAUUGCUUGCAAAUUAAAUACAAUUAGGAUAUUUCAUGCUGUACUAUUUAUAAACAUCUACAAUUAUUUUUAUUUUUUAUAAGAGAUUAAAUUAAUAGUUAAACUAACUAAAGACAUAGCAAUUUUACUGUGAUAACAAACAUAAACUACAGGAAUAGAUUUAUAUUUUAUGGAAUAAAAUACAGUGCUCAAUUUUA